AUGGCUUCCCCUAGCGUUCUCACCUUUGACGCUGAGGGUCGGGCAGUGGACUUUGAGUCGGUCGGCGCUGCGUGUGCCCCGAGCGGGAGACGCCGCACCGGCAAGGGCAAAGGGGGCAAGGGCACUGGAGGAGGUGGAGGGGGCGGUGGAGGUGGUGGUGGAGGCGGUGGAGGGAGUGGGGGUGGCGGUGGGAGUGGUGCUGGGGGUGAUGGCGGCGGCGGCAGCAGUGGAGGCGGCGGAGGCGGUGGAGGUGGCGGAGGGAGCGGAGGCGGCGGAGGUAGCGGAGGCGGUGGAGGUAGUGGAGGAGGCAGAGGUGGGGAGGCGGCGGAGGCGGCGACGGCGGCGGAGGCGGCGGUGGUGGAGCGAGUCGCGACUCAGCGUCGAGGAGUGGCGCCGGUGGUGGUCAGCGCCAGCAGCAGCAGCGGAGUGGUGUGA